CUGAGCUCUAGUCAGGAUUUCCAGUCAAGACUGAGCCCGACAACUGUCUGCCGCCGCCGUCCUCUCUAUAGCGAACAGCGUCCACCGGAUCACCAUGGGAGUCGAAGGUUGCACCAAAUGCAUCAAGUACAUGCUUUUCUUCUUCAACUUCAUCUUCUGGCUGGCAGGAGGUGUAAUCCUGGGUGUGGCCCUGUGGCUGAGACAUGACCACAAGAUCAGCAGCCUGCUGGAGCUUAAAUUAGAUGAAGCCCAGGCCCCCAGCACCUUCUACAUCAGUGUCCACAUCCUGAUUGCUGUCGGCGCAGUGAUGAUGGUGGUCGGUUUCCUUGGGUGCUAUGGUGCCAUUCAGGAGUCCCAGUGUCUAUUGGGAACGUUCUUUGCCUGCCUGGUCAUCCUGUUUGCCUGUGAAGUUGCAGCUGGCAUCUGGGGCUACAUGCAUAAAGACACUGUUUCAAAGGAGAUGAUAAACUUCUAUGACUCUGUCUAUGACAAGGCAGUGACAGAGACCAUCACUGACCAGGACAAAAAGAAGGCUGUUGCCUCUGUACUCAAGGUCUUCCAUGAGACGCUGAACUGCUGCGGUAAAGGCCAGGGGACCUCUAUCAUGACGCAGUUAACAGACAGGCUUGGUCUGACGGACGUCUGCCCCAGCCAAGGAUUUUCAAUUAGUUGCCACAGCAGGAUCCAGGAAUUGUUCUCAGACAAGAUUUACUUGAUUGGUAUUGCUGCUCUGGUGGUUGCAGUUAUUAUGAUCUUUGAGAUGAUUUUCAGCAUGGUGCUGUGCUGUGGGAUCCGCAACAGCCCGGUGUACUGAAGUGGUGGGCUGCCAGCAUACUCGAGAAUAAAGGAAGAACUAUCACGCUAUCUCCCUUUUUUUUUUCUUUUAUAACCAGGAAAUGUCACAUAUAUAAUUGCUUGCUGGAUUUAGUCAGCUCUUUAAGACAGUGUAAACCUUCUUCCAUUGAGCAUUUUGUUACACUGUCAAUGAAUUUUUGUUAGUCACAGAUACUGUUAUGCAUAUUAGACCAGUCCUAUCUUUACAUGAUAUGUAGAUAUUAUAUCACACUAUCACACAUCAAUUACAUUCAGCAAUCAAGGUGCUGUAAUCCUUUAGUGUUUGAUUAGUUGUUGCUUUUUGCCUAUGAACCGGCCCUUAUAUCCUUGGUUUUAUGGAUGUUAUUUCACUGUUUUAUGUAUAAACUGUAUAUAAAUAUAUGUUGACAGUGCUUUAUGUCUGCCUGAGCAUGGAUAUUGUAUUACAUGAGAUCUUCCUCCAGUAUUUUCCUGUAUUCCCUGCUCGUUAGACUUGCUCCAGAUUGAACCAGAUGAAUAUGACCAGCACUAGUGAAGCACUGGGGUUGGCCUCGCCACAUAGAGACACAUACAAACACACUUUCUUGUCUUACAGACCAUUGUUUUGGUUCACAUUCACAUCGCUAUGUGAUGUCUGCUGGAAUUGAACCAGUUAAUCUGGAAGCUGGAACCAAAGUCAGUGACCUGAUGUCCGGCUCUAUGUGUUCUUUGUUUUUUUUUUUUUGUUUUUUUUUAAAAAUAUUUUUACUUUUUUUAAAUUACUUUUGUUGCUGUUCAUCAUGUGUCCAAAACGUUUAUGCAUCUGUGCACUUAUUUCAGGAGGCAACUUGCUUAACACUACAAUCAUCUUUUCCAAAUCAGAUUAAUUUCCUUCAAACAUGACUUGUAUGGCUUUAACUGUAAAUGUAGUGGUCAUUUAUGCAUCCAUGUAUUAAUCAUGUGCUUUUUCCUACAAACGUGUUGACUGUACACACAUCAAGCCACUUGUUCGUAGUUGCUCACCUCUGUAGGGAAUUGUUAGUUUUCUGCUUGCUUACAGAGGAAGUGAGGCGAAAUUCCAGCCUAGAGCAAAUGAACAGCAGAAAGCUUUGGUUUAGUGUUCUGAAUCUGGGUUGACCUGUCUGGUUGAGUCUAGUUCUGUCUUAUCUGACAUGGUUGUGUCAUUGUUGUACUGUUCCCCUGGCUUCGCAGCCUGCUAACUUUCAUCACCUUUCAUGCAAUAACUGUUCAUAGUGCAGGGUCAGAACAAGUCCAGUGGGGAUUUUAUUCUACCAUUUGGGCUCUGUUGUGAUUCUGUUUAUGCUAAAUCCAGCUGCCACUGACACGCGUAACUGCACAGCACUAACUCAUCACACAUCAACACACACUCACAUUAAGUCAUAGCAUCCUGUGUAACCUUCCAUAUAACCUUAGCUUUUGUCAACCAAUUAAGACCUUGCCUUGUUUACAACUCCCACUUCAACUGAGAAACAGUUAAAGUGUCGUACAGCUCUCAUGUAUUGUACUAAUGAAAAUAAUGAAGGUUGUAGAAAAAUAAUGUACUCAAAUGCCUUUUUUCUCUUUGUAUUGUGAUAUCUGUGUGUGGUACGUCAUCAAAGGAGUCUGGAUAGAAAAGGUGGAAGAUUUAGUGGCAGUGUCAGCUGAGAGGAAGCCAAAACCUUCUACACAUCAGCUAAUUGCUCCUCAAAUCAUUCAAAUCAUGCACGACAACACACAUCAGUCCAGUAUUGAGGGAUUACUGUUUCCCUGGCUGUGUUGUUCAUAUUGCUGAAUUUGGUAACUGUCACUCAGGACCCACUGCCACUUCAAUCUUAACCCUUCUACUCAUGUAGACUUUGGUUUGCCCAAAUAUAAAGGGAUUAAAUGUAUUUUACAAAUAACUAAUCAGGUGGUCUUGUCCUUUCCUUUAGGGUUCCUUAUAUGAAUAAUAGGGAAAUGUCAUAAAGUGCUCUUAACCUGGCAUAAAUGUAAUAAAACCCAAUGAUCACGGAAAGUGA